CCCCUCCAAAUCACUGGAUUCAGGUGUUCCAAUCAACCUCCAUUUCUACAGGUGUAUAAAAUCAAGCACCUAGGCAUGCAGACAAACAUUUGUGAAAGAAUGGGUCGCUCUCAGGAACUCAGUGAAUUCAAGCAUUAUAAUGUGAUAGGUUGCCACCUGUGCAAUAAGUCCAUCCAUGAAAUUUCCUUGCUACUAAAUAUUCCACAGUUACUUGUUAGUGGUAUUAUAGCAAAGAGGAUGCAUUUGGGAACGACAGUAACCCAGCCCGCCACUGGACUCUAGAGCAGUGGAGAUGUGUUUCUCUGGCGUAAUGAAUCACGCUUCUCUAUCUCGCAAUCCAAUGGAUAUGUCUGGGUUUGGUGGUUCCCAGAAGAACGGUACUUGUCUGACUGCAUUGUGCCAAGUGUAA